GACCCUUUUUGAUCUCGCACGGAUUUCGGCGUUCCGCUUUCGCAACCUUCCUUGCACGCCCUUGUUAUUUAUUUUCUCCACCACCCUCUUCGCCAUUAGAAUCCUCUCUCUUCGUUCCUAAUUCUAUUUUUCUUCUCGGAACCCUAGAGUGGGACGGCUCCAUCGUUUGCAUCCUGCUUUUCCGGCGAAACAGCCAUCCCGAACCCCGCCGGAAUCACCCUGUGGCUGGAGCACCAGUGCGCUUGAUCUCCUGCCAUGAAUCCGGAGUAUGAUUAUUUGUUCAAGCUUCUGCUUAUUGGUGACUCUGGUGUUGGCAAAUCAUGUCUUCUUCUAAGGUUUGCGGAUGAUUCAUAUCUGGAUAGUUACAUCAGCACCAUUGGAGUUGAUUUUAAAAUACGCACUGUGGAGCAGGAUGGGAAGACCAUUAAACUUCAGAUUUGGGACACUGCUGGGCAAGAACGCUUUAGGACAAUUACUAGUAGCUACUACCGAGGAGCUCAUGGGAUCAUUGUGGUUUAUGAUGUGACAGACCAGGAAAGCUUCAAUAAUGUUAAGCAGUGGUUGAAUGAGAUUGAUCGUUAUGCAAGUGAAAAUGUCAACAAGCUUCUGGUUGGAAACAAAUGUGAUCUUACUGCAAACAAAGUUGUGUCAUAUGAGACAGCCAAGGCAUUUGCUGAUGAAAUCGGUAUCCCGUUCAUGGAGGCUAGUGCCAAAAAUGCAACUAACGUGGAGCAGGCUUUCAUGGCCAUGGCUGCUGCAAUUAAGAAUAGGAUGGCGAGCCAGCCAGCCACGAACAAUGCCAGGCCUCCAACAGUGCAGAUUCGUGGACAACCUGUCAACCAGAAGACUUCUUGUUGCUCAUCCUAGGUUAGCAAUUUGGCAUGUCGGAUCAGCUUCACUUCAUAUUUGGACACUGCAGGCCUCCUCAUUUGCUUCUCUGUUCAUUAAAUCUGAUGGCAUUAUUCGAUUCUUUCUUAACUAUUUGUUUUUAUGCCUGUACAAAUUGGGAUUCUGAUAAUAGUAUUGCAGCUCCUAUUCUUCAC